AGGUUUUCUCGGCCCGCCGUGAUGGCUCUUUUUCCUGCUUUUGCCGAUGCUGCUAAUGCCGGAGAUGUACAAGCAAGCGAAGGCUCGAAAAGAGAUUUGAACUGGCUGACAAAUCAAAGCUUCUGCAAUGAAGAUGCACUGAGAUUGCACCAAAAUGUUUUAGAAAUUACAGACGGUAUCAUUGAUAAUGUGAUUUUUAUCUGCUUUAUAAGCAAUACAGCCACCAGUUUUGAACUCCCAGAAGAAAAUGAAGCCAACAAAAGUUUCCAAGAAUCACCUAAAAAAAGAAAGAAAAAGAAAAAACAAAGAGACCAUAAGAAAAAUAAAAAGAAAAGAAGAAAAGAAUGGACCACUAGUGGGUCUGAACCUGAGGAUGCGAGAGAUGAUAAAAAUAAUGAAAAAAGAGGAACAGAAUUGAACUUAGAAGAAAAAAACACAAAUGUGGCCUAUCCCUCUACUUGGCUUGAUGACGUUCAGGGUUUGACAGCAGAAGGAUUCAGAACAGAUAAGAAGCCAGACCCUGCAAAUUGGCAGUAUAAGUCAUUAUAUCGAGGCAACAUUGCAAGGUAUAGGAGACGAAGCAACUUCUGCCUUGGCCUUCAACCUAAGGAGCAACAUAUUAUUUGGGAGAGCUCAGCAGCAAAAAAACCCUCUUCCUGUAAGCGGUUGGAACGCUACUUCACAAAAGGUGGUCGGAAGCUCCUGAACGAGGAAGGUAUUCAUGUCAGCAGUAAAAAUCAAGAUUCCUCCUCUGGCUCAGCCUCCUGGAUACCAAUUUUGCAACUAGAUCCAGCAGAGGCUCCUUCUACAAGCUGGGUAAACCCUCUUGGGGUUUAUGAUCUGCAGACCACACUGUGGCUACAAGGAAAAGGGCCCCCCGCUGAACAUGGCUUACCAAAUAAGCAAGACCCUCAAGAGAACCCCCAGAAUGCAGACUCUCCCCUAAUGGGAAAGGUGGAAGAAUAUAACUGCAGAGUCAGAGAGAAUCCCAGGGAUGUCAAAGCAUGGAUGGAUUUGGUUUCUUUUCAGACCACACUGUGGCUACAAGGAAAAGGGCCCCCCGCUGAACAUGGCUUACCAAAUAAGCAAGACCCUCAAGAGAACCCCCAGAAUGCAGACUCUCCCCUAAUGGGAAAGGUGGAAGAAUAUAACUGCAGAGUCAGAGAGAAUCCCAGGGAUGUCAAAGCAUGGAUGGAUUUGGUUUCUUUUCAGAAGCUGGCCAUUUUGGAAAGAGCAAUAGAAAACAACCCAAAUGAAGUGGACCUGAAACUAGCACGGCUAAAACUUUGCAUAGAAUUCUGGGAGCCGUCUGCUGUGGUGAAGGAAUGGCAAAAGUUGAUUUUCUUGCACCCAAACAACCCAGCCCUGUGGCAGAAAUACCUCUUAUUCUGCCAAAGUCAGUUCAGCACCUUUACUGUCUCCAAAACACAUGGCUGUUACGGAAAGUGCCUGAGCACAUUAUCAGCUGUGCAUGAUGGCAGUAUGCUAUCCCAUCCCGAACUGCCAGGCACAGAGGAGGCCAUGCUAGCCAUUUUUCUUCAACAGUGCCAUUUCCUUAGGCAGGCUGGUCACUCAGAAAAAGCUGUGUCCCUAUUCCAAGCCCUGCUUGACUUUACCUUUUUUAAACCAGAUAAUGUCAAGGACUUGCCAACAAGAGGACAGAGGGAAUUCUUUGAACCUUUUUGGGACAGUGGAGAGCCUCGAAUUGGAGAAAAAGGAGCUAAAGGUUGGAAGGCCUGGAUGCAUCAACAAGAGAAGGGUGGUUGGGUGGUCAUCAAUCCACCUGAUGAAGAUGAGGAAGAUGAAGAGGAUGAAGAAGAAAUAAAGGAUAGAUCUCUACCAAAGUGGCAAAACUGGCUUCAUAUUGAACGUUCCCGGGAAGCAAAGCACUGGAUGCCCUGGCGUCCAGAAAAAAACAACAAACAGUCAUCAGAAGAUUGUGAAGAUCCAGAGAGGCAGGUCUUAUUUGAUGACCUUGGACCAUCAUUGAUAAGACUUUCCAGCCCUGAACUUCAGUUUCAACUCCUUUCCUCAUUUUUGCAAUUCUUAGGAGUUCCAUGCAGCUGUAGACUUUUGCUUUCUUCCUUCUAUAUAGCAAUGGAUGAAAAUAACUUAUUUGACAACGGAUAUAACAACCAAGGAAUUCUGACUUCUUUGGAUAUGCCUCUUUUUGGAGUCAGUAAUAUUGGUCAUAUGGACUCAGUGGUCCAAGGAGAGAAGCAUGUGACGCACUCUAAGGAAGGAGAACAAUUUAUUCAGAAUCUUUUCCAUAUGAUGCUGCCCUUAUUUUCAGGCAAAGACAGGUCUAACCUAUGCAUUUUUUGGCUUCAGUAUGAAAUCGCUAAGGUCACUCAGUAUUUGAAAAUGGGAAAGAAAAAGAAACUAAAAUUGCAAGGCAAGAAAAGCAAAAAAUUAGCUAAAAAUCUUCUUAAGGCACCUGACAACAGAAAUAAUGUUUCCCUUUGGCAACUGUAUGCUUACCUAGAGUGGCUACUUGGCAAUAUAGAAGAUGCUAGAAAAGUUUUUGAUACAUCUUUGGGGAUGUCUGGAAUUAGUGGAAUCCAAAACCCCCAAUUCUGUCAUCUUAGCCUUCUUUAUGCUAAACUGGAAACGGAAUUGCUAGUAAAUCUAGAAGGAGCUGUAGAAUCACGCGCAACUCACAUAUUGACCAAAUUGACUGAAAGGGGACAUUAUGUUCCUUAUCAUGGACAAGUAUCAUCAGUGAAUGUUUUGAAAGCUCGGAAAACAUAUGAGCACCUACUUCAAGAUUGUUUAACUGAAAGCCUCACUUCUGAUCAAGAACAUGCUAGUGAUUCCAGCCAUCUGACUGGUUUGGUUGGCUGCUACGCUCUUUUCCAGUAUUUAACUCUUGGGAUUGACUCUGCAAUGUCAGUAUACUGUCAGGUUUCUCAAAAGCUGAAAGACAAGGAUCCUGGAGAAAGGCUUAGUGGUCAACAUUUCACCAUGCCUCUUGAAGCCCUCUCCCUCAUGCAUGUAAGCUUGCUCAGGUUCCACAUGAAAAUCAAUGUGUAUCCUUUGAGUCCUCUUCGUGAAGUACUGUUAGAGGUUUUGAGGAGACAUCCCAGCAACCAGUCUUUUUGGAAGGCAUACAUCCAGAUCCAAACCAAGUCUCACAAUGCUAGCAAAGCCCGUCGUUUUUUUGAUGCGGUUACAAGAACUACACAAUCACUGGAGCCUUGGCUGUUUGCAAUCCAAGUGGAGCAAAUGAGGAAAAACCUAAUUGAAAGUGUCCAGAGGGAGCCGACUGGAGAUGUGUAUGCAACGAUUCCUGAAAUUGGGUUAACAAAUCGAAUCAAAGCUUUAUUUGAACAUGCGAUUCAGACUGAAAAUGGUGCUCAUUGCCCGUUGCUCUGGAGGUUGUAUAUAUGCUUCAUGGUUUCUUUGGGAGAUAAAGCAAAAAGUAAAGGUGUAUUUUACAGAGCUCUUCAAAACUGUCCCUGGGCAAAAGUGUUAUAUAUGGAUGCUGUAGAAUACUUUCCAGAUGAGCUGCAAGAGUUCCUUGAUCUAAUGGCUGAGAAAGAGCUACGAGUACGGGUACCAAUAGAAGAAUUGGAAUUGCUGCUUGAAGACUGAAGAAAGCUAUGAAGACAAACCAUCAGCUCGUUGGUUUAAUGAGCCUCCAAUAUAGUUUUACAGGGAGAAAUGGCUAAUUUAGCAUCUGUAAAAAUGUAUAGAAUAAGGGUCUAUUUUUUUAUCCAAACAUGUACGUUAAGUGUAGGUAUGGGUAAGGCUUUUAAUUAGUACUUGUAACUGCCUCACUGAUAAAAACACUAGUCCAGAUAUAUAAGUCAAAUAUAUCUAGGAUAAAGUGCAGUUGAAUAGGAAGUUGUUUGCUUCAGUUAGGUCUGAUCUUAUGGAUGACUGUUUAUUCAAGAUUGAAACACCUUUGAAUUAUACAGAUUGAGUUUAAACUCAUAGAAUAUGCAGCAAUUUGACAGUUUAGAAGAAAUAUUUAAUUAAUGAAGGCAUAUGUAACUGAAUUUUUACCAGUUUAUUGUGACAAAAGGUCAGAUGAAAGGUAAAUAUCUUUGUAAAAGUAAUUAAUUAUA